UCUUCCUUAUAUUUAUAUAAAUAUAUAUAAUAUAUAUAUUUUGCUGAUGCAGUAUACAGUGUGUAUAUAUGUGUGUGUGUAUAUGUGUGUGUAAAUUUAUAUACACACACAUGCAAACAGUUCCUGGAAGAGAAUUCUGAAUGCUUUGCUAGCAAAACACUGUGGUGUGCAAACCUAGAACCCAAUAGAAAAAAAAGCCAUUUAUCUGAAGGCUGCGUAGUGGAGAGAGUCUUCAGUUUACCUCAUUCUUUGUAGCAGCCCUUGAUUUUAACAGGUUUUUGUAACAGGUACAAACAAUCCCAUACCUUUCUAGGUGCGAUUUUAAGUUAAGCUAAAAAUUCUUUGUAGGGUUAAUUUAUUUGUAUAUGAUAGCAGAAGGUAAGACCAUGUCAAACCUUAUAAUUUGGGGAAUCUGACACUAUUUAAAUUAUUGGCAACUGUUGUCUAUUGUACAGAGAUUCUUUUUCUACUGGCUCAGUCUGUUACAUUAAUAAUGCAUUUUAUAUGUUCAGGUACACAACUUUACAUAAAUACGAAGUUCACUAGUAAAUAUCUGGCUAUUUUGGCUAUUUACAGCACUAAUUUCAUUAUUUUCAUCUGUAAGCAUUAUUAAUACGUCUUUACCAAAACCUGAGCAAUACAAUAUUUUCUUUAUAUGUUAUAUGCCUUUGUUUGCUAAAAACUAAUAUUUUUGCAUUUACUUUAAAGGGCUGUACUAAACCAACAGCUUUAAGUUCUUCCCUAAAAGAAGUAUCGCAGCUAACCCUUGAACUCACAGUUUUAAAAUACAGUAUUUCUCUUCUCCACAUCUCCAUGCCUUCGCAUCAAUGCUUGUUUUUCCUGGUGAACGCUAUAGAUAAUCUGUUUGAAAUGUGGGACCGGAGGGUAUUUCAUGGCAGUGGAGCUAAGUUUCUCCUCUUUAUAGUGAACUGGUGACCCAAAUGUCCCUAUCAGUAGAGUCCCAUGUGGCCCGUGCUUCACACAAGCGGAAAUGAAUGCACUGUUUUUUAAGAGCUAGAUUACCAGUUCUAGAAUGAUUACUUCAAAGAUGGGAGCUACCUCCUCAGAUAUUCAAACUAUGAAAUGGAGGUGCUUGAUGUAUUUCACACUGGCUUGUUUGACAGUCUUCCAUCUUACUGUUAAUUCAGCAAUAUUUUAUUGUGAAAGAAAGCCCCAGUGUUUGAGCUCACUCAGGAAUUGGGGAAAGAGAUGGACGACCACAGUGGUUCAUUUCUUAAAUGUUCUGGGAGAAUGUCAUACUUUUCCUUCCCAGAGUAAAAGAAACCUUCGGGAGAUCCUGAGGGAGGCUAUUUUUCCCCAAGUAUUAUGAUGUCUAGUCAAGCGUAAGAAUACCACUGGACAUGUUCUAUGGACAUUUGGGAUUGCAGUUGCUAUUGUGAUUUGAUUGGUCCUCAGUCAAAUGGAUCACUUUGAAGGAAAGCUUUGGUUGUCACCGUUAUAUACCACUGAGAUAAAGUGUUAGCAAAGUAUGGUUCAAAUUAAUUUAUGACGUGACCAAGAGCUUUUCUCUUCCAAAAGAUGAAUUGUAUUGUAAAUAGUUUCUCAAAAUAUUUUUAACUGGAUCAUGAGCAUGGGGAGAGAAAGUUUCUCAGCUGCUAAGAAUUUCCCCACUGUUUACUUCUUUCACUUAUGGUGGUGUUGCAUUUAAGAUUACAAAAUUUAAGGUUUUAUUUCUAUCUAUUACCCAAACCAUUAAAUUGUCUUUAAUUUUACCAUUGUCUUGGAGGUCCAGUGCAUACAGGGCUGAUGGGGGAAAACUCCCUCUAGCCAGUCAGCACUCUAACCCAGGAUUAAACAAUCCCGUCAAGUAGUAUGUGAAGUCAAGUCUUUGUACUCUUGCAGACCAGACAUUGAAAUGGACUCAUUCAUAUAAAUUUCUAUAAAUCCUAUAAGUGAAAAGAUAGACAACUGUCAGCAGUUGCUUUUUAAAAAGGUCACUAUAAUAAGUACUAUAUAGUACAGUAUUAAUUUAUAGCAGGAAAUCAUAUCUUAUAAACUGUAUAUAAAACACUGUUUUAUGGUGCAAUCAUUUGUCAAACUUUUGUCUGUUACAUUGUUUUUAAGAGUGUGUGCAUUCUUCUCAUACCUAAGAAUAUCACUGUAAAAUCUGCUGAAAAUUAUUUUUAGGUUUUAUUUGCACAAGACUGAAUUAGUUUGAAAUUUUUGGAAGCUCCUAUUGAACAUGCCUAAACAUCUGUAAACAUGAAAAAUCUUCAAUUUAUUAAAAGCAAACAUUUCAGUAUGAUUCUUUCCAAAGGUAAUCCAUGUUCUAUGUUGUUAAUGUGUGUAUGUAAUUUUUCUGACUCUUCCACCUCUUAUAAACCUAUUUUCUGUUUCAUUUGUUCUGUUUUGAAGGAUGGCUCUUUUUUCUUUUUAAUGUUCUAGAUGACCAAAACACUAUUGGUUUUUACCCUUUUGCCUAAAGCUUUGAUAUCCUCACUUGAUGUUCUGUGAAUUCACUGUUUAAUCUAUUAAGUGAAAUAAUAGUCCUGGUGACAAGCAAUCUGUUGAUUUAGAGGAAAGGCCCUGAAAAAUACAGUAUUGGAAACUAACUUUUCAUAUGCUGUUAGCUAUUAUUUUGCAUCAUGGGCUUCAUGGGAAGAACAUGUUGCAUUUAUUUUGUCUUUAUUAAAAGACUACUAGCCACAAGUUACUCUGAUUGUAGUAACUGUUUUAUCAACCCACUUGAUCUUUAAAAAUUUAAAUUUACAUUCACAAUUCAAAACAGUAAACUGUCUUUCAGAAAAUUUUUGAAGGAUAAAAACAUGAAGGAAAAAACUGGCCCGUGUAGGUAGGAUUCCCUACACAGGACUUUUAGUUGUAUCACCUCAAGAGAUUUUAAAGUUUGUGAUCAAGGUCUGUAUAUUAUCCCAAACUUUAUUAAGAAUUGUUUUCUAAUUGGUUAUAACAUUUUUCAAUUAAUAGUUUCAAAACAAAUUGUUAAUACAACUGUAUAAAAUGAACAUAAUUUUCUUCACUUGUAUUUUUGUUAUUGAGCAAGUUUAUCAAAAUAAAUUGUCUACUAAAGAAACUAAAAAGGCUUCUAUUACUUUGAAAUAAGCUUCAUUUAAAAAAUUUAUUUCUUAUAGAGGUUUCACAUAUUCAUAAGUGACACUUCCAUGCCUCUUGGGUUGGUUUUGUUGUUGGCAUUGGGGGGUGAGGGCGGUCCUUCCCUAUCUUCUUCCACUCCCACUCUUUGCUCACCGCUAGAGAAGAGAUGCUAUUAAUAUUUCAGGACAUGGAUUAGGCCACAAUUACCCGUAAAAGUCACUCAACAAUAAAAGACCACACAUACAUGUGACUUUCCCUUCUGCAUCAGGCUUCCAUGAGCUAGGAGAGAGAAACCAAGCCAAAGCCUUCAAGUCAGCCAUCUUUCUCUUCUUUCUUCCUUGCACAUAGACCCAAGUCCAUCUUUGCUGCAGUCUUCUGUUUCUACUUAUUCCAGGCCAAAAGAUCUUAGCUUUUAAGAUCUUAAAGUAUGGGCUGGAGGAUCAAAUAUAGAGGCCCAGGGACCAUGUCACAGCUUAAACUAUAGCUUUCUCUGGGGGUGUCAAGAUUAGCCCAACUGAAUAAUAAUAAAAUAUUUACAGUUUGCUGCUGAUUCUUCCUCGUGUGGCCCUUUGAGGACCCUCGUGGGGAAUUGGAGGAUUAAGACAUGUUAAGAUUUAGAUGUUCUUGGGUUAUAAGAUUGAGGGGUUUCCUUGGAGGUGAGAUUUGAAGUACUAUGUCUGGGAAAGUUCCAGGCAAACUAGGAUGAGUUGGUCACCCUACCCUAUCUUCACACCAUCUAAAUCUUCUCCUGAUUUGUAACACAGGUUAGAGGUUUUUGGAGGGUUAUUUUCUAUAAACAUUAUUGAAUAGGUCAACUGGAAAUUGUAAUGGUAGAUUUAUGCUGAGCUGCUAUGGUGGAGGGGACACUUUUUCUAUUUGGUAAUACCUUAGGAAAAGGUAACACAGUGGCUUUAAAAACAAUAACAUGGGUUCAGAAAUACCUUAUUUUGACUUAUUCGUCUAUCAUCUCUCUUCUAGCCACUAUGAGAAGAUUAUAGGAAAAACACCAAGACUAGAGGACUCUGGGUUCCUUUUAUGCAAAGUCAACUCUUCUGGGUCACAGUUACCCAGCAACAAAAAUAAAGGUUUUCGUGAAGGUGGAGAAAAGCAGAGUGACCUGGGAGAAGUGGUUAUCAACAACACAGCGGUGACUUCUUCCCUGGAAUGAGGAAGGCUUUCCCUUUCCCUGCCCCGAGCUGCAGUGGUGCAGUCUGUUACCUUGGAGACCAGCUAACACAUUCCCACAGGGCAAGCUUCACUGCUGAGUUGCUUGGAGGAGCUUGGAGAAACCAGAAGUGAGAUCUAGGAGAAGCAAGGCCCUGGAGUGCCAGGAACCCUUCUCCUAAAGAUGGAGAAGUAAAUGAAGAAAUACAGGAAAAUAAGCAUUGGGUGUUAUGCAAUGGCUACACAAACUAGUCACGUCUUCCAUGGCCAAGAAAAUAUGCUUCUGGAAAACCAUUGCAUUAGGAGAAACACUGGCAGAGAUUCAAAGAAGUCACUAAAGCAGAAGAAUGUGAAUGGACUUGGUCAGAAUUCAGACAAUGGAUUACUGGUUACACACGUUAACCAGACACAGGACUUACUGAGGCUGCAGGCGAGUGAGACCCAGUCUUCAGAUUGGGAGGACUCUGAAGACUGGCUUUCGGCUCACAGUUUAAAGUGUCAGAAGCUUACCUUGGCUGACCUGAUAAGCCAGGGCACAGAAGUGCUGGAGGAGGACACCAAUGUUGUGCAGAAAAUACGUUUCUCCACCCAGAUCAUCCGCCACUUUGAGUCAAAGCUUUCUGACACUAUUGAAGUCUAUCAAGAGAGAAUUCAGUGGCUAACAGAAAACAGCAAGAAGGCAUUUGGCCUCAUCAAAGGGGCCAGAGUCAGCAUCCUCAUAGAUGUGUCAGCCGUCAGCAGUGGCCCUCAGAAAGAGGAGUUCCAAAAGGACCUCAUGAGCCUCAUCGAUGAGCAGCUGAGCCACAAGGAGAAGCUAUUUGUCCUGUCCUUUGGCACCAACGCCAGGUCCCUCUGGCCGGACCCCAUGGAAGUCAGCGCCUCUGUCCUCCAGGAACUUAAGCUCUGGGUAAAGACACUGCAGCCUGAUGGAGGCAGCAACCUGCUACAAGCUCUGAAGAAGAUCUUCACUCUCAAGGGGCUGGAUUCCCUGGUGGUCAUCAUGAGAAGCUGCCCAGAUCAGCCUUCUGAAAUCCUGUCCGACUACAUCCAGCAGUCCACCAUGGGAAGAGACCUCAUCAUCCACUUCAUCACCUACAGCUGCGAUGAUCAGAUGCCCCCUGCUGUCCUGAAGAACCUUGCAGAAGCUGUUAGGGGCUACUACCACUGCUACAGCCCAAAGAUGGAGCUCUACACCAGCCGGGAUAUGGAUGAGCUCCUGGCAGAAAUUCAGAAGGCCCAGAGCCUCCUCAGCCACAUGCAAGCCCUGAGGCACAGCAGCCCCUGUGAGGCGCUCACCUGCACCAUGGAGGAGAUUUCCACAGAGAUUGCAAAUGGGCUACUCAUAAGCCUCUUGCCUAAACCCCCAAAGCAUGACGCUCCUCUCACCAUUGAGUUUCCAAACUUGGACAAGACUUCUGCAGAGUGGCUUAAGGUCAAUGGUCUGAAAGCCAAGAAAUUAAGUCUGUAUCAGGUCCUGGCACCCAACGCAUUCUCUCCUGUGGAGGAAUUUGUACCUAUUCUCCAGAAAACAGUAUCAUCGACUAUCCAUGAGAAGGCAAUGAUACAAUUUGAAUGGCACGAUGGGACAGUGAAGAACAUUCAUGUGGACCCACCCUUCCUCUAUGAGUACCAGAAACAGCUCAACAGAGCUAUGCGGAUGUACGAGAGGCGAAUCGAGUGGCUCUCCCUGGCCAGCAGAAGAAUUUGGGGCACUGUCUGUGAAAAAAGGGUGGUUGUACUGCUCGAUAUCUCUGCGACCAAUUCCAUGUACAUUAUUCAUAUCCAGCACUCCCUGCGGCUGCUGCUGGAGGAGCAGUUAUCCAACAAGGACUACUUCAACCUCAUCGCGUUUGGAAGCACAAGUGAAAGCUGGAGGCCUGAGAUGGUUCCCAUGAGCCACGACAAUUUACAAAGUGCCUGGCGGUGGGCCCUGAACCUGCGGUGUUGGGGCAGCAGGAAUGUUCUCAGCGCCCUGCGGAAGGCUGUAGAAGUGGACUUCAAGGACAAAGACAAACACCAAUCGCAGGGAAUCUACCUCUUCACUGGGGGCAUCCCUGACCAGGACAUGCCUACAAUCAGCGCCUACAUGGCCGAGGCCUGUAGUGGCUGCGACCUCCAGCUGAACGUGUGUCUCUUCUACGUGGGCGAGCCAAAGAUGGACACCACACCCCCUGCCUGCUAUGCCAGUCGCACUGACACGGCCGCUGCCUACAAGGAAGUCACCCGGGCUGCAGGAGGCCGCUUCCACUGGUUUGGAGACACAGGCAUUUAUGAGAGCGAUGACAUCAGUUCCAUCAUGUCUGAGAUGGAAAAGGCUCUCAACUACUCCCAAAAGUGUGCCUUCCUCAUGGCCUCCCUGAAGAACCAUUCAAGAAAAGUACUGGGAAGUGCAGACCUCCUGAAAGAAAAACCAAAGACACUUCAGCUAAGAAGUCAGCCCAAGAAGCUCUGCCCUCCCAGGCCCACCGCCCCCGUGGGGGCCAGAAUGAGCAUUAAAGAUGACCCUGACAGAGAGAAGAGCCCCCUGCUGAAAUCUCUGAAAUGGCGUCCACUCAGUAGCAGAGCUGGCAUCUCACCAGCUGCGGCCCAGCCAAUGAAAGAAGGGAUGAUGGAACAGAGGAGGAAGACCAAGUCAAGGGAAGCAGAAACAUCUCUUUCGCUGUUCUACACAGAGAAAGGGAAUAAUGUGGGCUCGGUGUACAAGAAGUACCCUCAAGGAAGGGGCGUGAGAAGGAUUAGCUCUUCUAUUGACUUACCCACAAAGGAUACAGUUUGCUCAAGCCAAGAGUGGAUGGCAAAAUAUGGGCUCAAAAAAUUGAAGCUGGAGAUUUCCAGAUGCAUGGGUCCCAACUGCACUCAUCAAAAGUCAGGACAGAGGUCAGCAUCAGCCAAACACUGCAGCAUCUUCCCCAGCGUUGAGAUCCGCGGAGUGGUGAGACACAUUCACUGGACGCCUGGGGAGAUGGAGGUGUACAUCAGGCACUUGGAGAAGGUGUUAAGGCGCUAUGUCCAGAGGCUGCAGUGGCUGCUGUCCGGGAGCCGCCGACUGUUUGGCACUGUUUUGGAGAGCAAAGUAUGCAUUUUGCUGGACACGUCAGGGUCCAUGGGCCCCUACCUGCAGCAGGUGAAGACAGAGCUGGUUUUGCUGAUUUGGGAACAGCUGCGGAAGCGCUGUGACAGUUUUAACCUGCUCAGCUUUGCAGAGAGCCUUCAGUCGUGGCAGGACACGCUGGUGGAGACCACAGAUGCAGCGUGCCAUGAGGCUAUGCAAUGGGUGACCCACCUGCAAGCUGAGGGCAGCACCUCCAUCUUGCAAGCAUUGCUGAAAGCUUUCAGUUUCCAUGAUCUGGAAGGACUGUACCUCCUGACCGACGGAAAGCCAGACACAAGCUGCAGCCUUGUCCUAAAUGAAGUCCAAAGACUCAGGGAGAAAAGAGAUGUGAAAGUGCACACCAUUUCCUUGAACUGCUCAGACAGAGCGGCGGUUGAGUUCCUGAGAAAGCUGGCUUCCUUCACCGGCGGACGCUAUCACUGCCCUGUGGGUGAGGACACACUCUCCAGAAUGUGCGGCCUGCUGACCAAAGGCUUCAUCAAUGAAAACGAUCCCACGCUGCCACCAUUUGAAGGAGAUGAUUUAAGGAGGCUGGCCCAGGAGAUCACCAAGGCCAGAAGCUUCCUCUGGCAGGCCCAGUCCUUCAGAUCCCAACUCCAGAAGAAAAAUGAUGCAGAACCAAAGGUCACUCUUUCCUAGAGAAGUGUUCUCAGAAAUGUCAUCCUACAAAGGACCACUUACUGAGCAAAUCCCGGCCCAGAGGGCAGGAUGGGGUGGAAUGCUGUGACCCGCAGGGAACACGAUUCCUGGUACCAGGACUCCCUGGAAGCUGAGGAAGGAAAGUCUCUGUCUUUUGUGUGAGAGGCCAUUCCUGGGUCUAAUCUAACUCUCAAGCCCUGUCCCGCAACACACCCUACUCUCCAGCCACUAGACUGUCCCUCUCUGGGAAGCCCUAAACCAACCCCCUGCCUGAACGGUGCUUCUUGCCUCCUCUGCCCGGAGACUCCUGCUCACCCAUCAAGGCACAGCUCAAAUGACAUUAGCUACCUGGGACCCAUCUAGAGCCAGGGGCCUCCAGUCUUUCUCUGGCAGCAUCCUGACCACGCAGAACUCUCGCACUCAGCACUCCAUGUCAUGCCACCUUCCUCGCUGAUCUAGCUCUUCUCCUUGACCGUGAGCUCCCUUGGGAUGAGACUGCUGUCCCAGGAUCUGCAGGUCCCCAGAAGCUGCCACAUGGGAGACACAUGGUGAACAGUGAGCAGGCGGCUGAGCUGUGGGAGUCCAGCUCUGGAAAGCAGCUGAUGGGGUGGUCUCCACCCUAGUCCAUCACAGGCUAAUGCAGAGUCACAGUCAGCCCAUCCUGGAGGAAGAAGAAACAAGUGAGCCUCACCACCACUCUCCAUCCCUGCCCAACCAAACUGAAGUGAAGGCUGCUCAUCCGGGGUCAUUUUCCAAAAUUAAAAACAAUUACUUUUAUUCCACUAAUAGGAUCAACAUGACUUUAACUGUUUGAAAUGAU